UAACAGAAUCAGUGAAAGACCGCACCCAGUAGGAUGAACAAUCAGUGUGCGAAAGACAACAAACUGUGCAAAAUACAAAGGAGAAAAUAAUAAUAAUAAUAAUAAUAAUAAGCAAUAAAUAUUGAGAACACGAGAUGAAGAGUUCUUGAAAGUGAGUCCGUAAAUUGUGGGAACAGUUCAGUGUUGGGGCAAGUGAAGUUGAGUCAAGUUAUCCCCCCUGGAUAAAGAGUCUGAUGGUUGAGGGUUAAUAACUAUUCCAGAACCUGGUGGUGUGAGUUCUCACGCUCUUCUUCCUGAUGACAGCAGUGAGAAAGGGGGCAUGUCCUGUAUGGUGGGGGUCCCCGGUGGUGGAUGCUGCGUUCCCAUGAUGUACUGGUCUUGUAGUAUUUUCUGUUCAAGAGCAUUAGGACCUAGAUGAGGAAAAACUUCUUCACACAGAGAGUGGUGAAUCUGUGGAAUUCUCUGCCACAGGAAACAGUUGAGGCCGGUUCAUUGGCUAUAUUUAAGAGGAAGUUAGAUAUGGCCCUUGUGGCUAAAGGGAUCAGGGGGUAUGGAGAGAAAGCAGGUACAGGGUUCUGAGUUGGAUGAUCAGCCAUGAUCAUACUGAAUGGCAGUGCAGGCUCGAAGGGCUGAAUGGCCUACUCCUGCACCUAUUUUCAAUGUUUCUGUUAGUGUUUUCAUGCCAGGCCGUGAUACAACCAGUCAAUCACACCUCUAUAGAAAUAUCAGCUUUAGGUGUUGUGCCAAAUAUCCGCAAACUCCUAAUGAAGUACAGGCACUGCAAUUCUACCUUCUUCAUUACACUUACAUGCUGGGCCCAGGGCAGGUCCUCCAAAAUGAUAACACUGAGGAAUUUAACAUUGCUGACACUCUGAUCCCCACGUGAGAAUUGCCUUGUGGACCUCUGGUUUCCUCUUCCUAAAAUCAAUAAUCAGCUCCUUGGCUUGCUAACAUUGAGUGAGAGAUUGUUGUGGCACCACUCAGCCAGAUUUUCCAUCUCCCUCCUGUAUGCUGAUUCAUCACCCCCAUUGAUUCAGCCUAUAACAGUGGUGUCAUCAGCAAACCUGAAUACGGCAUUGGAGCUGUGCUUAGCCUUGGAGUCAUAGUGAGUGGAGCAGGGGGAUGAGCACAGGGUCUUGUGGCGUACCUGUGCUGAUGGAGAUGCUGCCAAUCUGAAAUGACCGCGGUCUUCAAGUAAGGAGAUCGAGGAGCUAGUUAUACAAGGAGGUAUUGAGGCCCAGUUUUUGAGGUUUAUUGAUUAGUUUUGAGAGGCUGAUAGUAUAGAAUGCUGAGCUGAUAUCGAUAAAGAGCAUCCUGAUGCGUGUAUCUUUGCUGUCCAGAUGUUCCAGGGUUGAGUGAAGAGUCAAUGAAGUUGCAUCUGCUGUGGACCUGUUGUGCCAGGAGGCAAACUGGAGUGGAUCCAAGUUGUUUCUCAGGCAGGAGUUGAUGUGCUUCAUCACCACCCUGCCCAAACACUUAGUCUCUGUGGAUGUAAGUGCUCUUGGACAACAGUCAUUGAGGCAGGUUACCACAUAGUGGGCUGUACAUUCAGCUGUACCAGUUAAGACGGUAAUUUUAAGGAGAAUUCACAAUGACUACCCAGCACUUUUUUCCCGUUUCUGUUCUAUAACCCCAGGUUUUGGAUCUCCUAAUAACUGGUUCUGCUUGCGUCACUAUCACUUCAAUUGAUGGAUAGCUCCAGUUCCAGGUGGACUGGCCACCCUCAGCUGCUGCCUAGCUGAGCCGCUCAGCAGCAGUAACUCCCCUCUCUGGUGUAGCCGGUGCUCAGCGGGUUCUGCCACACCCCUUUAGGUGGAUGUGUUUACCUGUCUCUUCAAUCCAAUGAGAUGGUCAUCACAUGUUCCAGCCUGGUUCUAUACCGAGUGUUUUAACUGAAACACUUGGGUGUUUCUGUUUCCAUAAUGUUUAAUCUUAUAUGCAUCAUCUCCCAAGUGACGUGAAGCAAGAGCGUUAUAAGCCUGAUACUGGUCCUCCCUGGGGGUACAGCAAGAUCCCAUUCCCGUGAACUGUUCGUAACAGACAGUUCACAAGCCAAGUACGCACAGGGCAGACGAUGCCCGCAGCUCCACAACAGCAGCGAGGGAAACGGCUGCUAUCAGCAACCCGGCUUCCAUUCCGCCGCUGCCCGCUUGUACGUUCCCACUCUGAUCGCCGUGGGUUUCCCCCGGGUGCCCGGAUCUCCUCCCACCCUCCAAAGACGGUUAAAUGGUCACGUGGGUGUAACCGGGAGGCACAGACUCGUUGGGCCGGAGGGGCCUGUUACUGUGCUGUACCUUGAAAGCUUGAAGUUGACAUGUAAUAUGUUAACUUCCAUAGAUCUGUAAGGUGGUGGGAGGCAUAAUACACUGUGUGUGUGUGUGUGUGUGUGGGUGGGGUGUCAUUUCUAAUAUAUAGUCAAAGCCAGGCAUCUUCCACAGGUUUUCUGUGCAGACUGCCCCAUAUUAAUACACAGUAAUAUUGCAGCUUCCCGGUAUUACAGUGUAUCAUCUGAAAUUGUUUAUGUAGAUUCUUCACAAAAUCCAAACAUUUUGGUUUUGUACACUUGCAAUAAAAUGUCACCGUAGAGUAUGUUAGUGUGUAUGUAUGUGUGAGACGGUGUGUGAUCAGGAGAAAAAGAACUUACUGCAUUUUUAAUCAUCUAGUAACAAUGUUAUGACAAAGUAAUGUGUGAGCUUCCUCAUCCUGGGUGAGAAUUAGCAAAACCUGGUCAACUACAGAAUAUAAAGAGCUCAGAAAGAUGGAAAAAAACUCAAUGGAUGAUGAAGGACUUUCUGUAGGACAUAAAUAUUGAUCCAGUAAAUAGUUGGAGUAACAAGUUUAUCGUGGAGAUUGCGGAGUGGCGCAGAUACAAACAUUGUCUCCGUUUUCACGGAGAGUGGGAAUUGUGAUUGUAGAGCUGUUAACAAGGAUCAUUAUUCUGCAGAACUGGUUACUGUGCAGAGGUAAAAAAUAUUAGCAGUUGCUCUCAGCUGAGAAUAGUGAGCAGGCUGUACACUGGAGAGUAACGUUAUUUGUAGGAAAUUAUGGGACAGCCUUUCUUGUUUCAAUUGGUAGAGGAACUAUCAGUUCUUAAGUCCUGAUGAAGGGUCUCAGUACAAAACGUCGGCUCUUUAUUCCUCUCCGAAGAUGCUGCCUGACCUGCUGAGUUCUUCCAGCGUUUUGUGCAUGUGUGUGUGCACGAGUGUGUGUGUUGCAGUCAGUUAUUAUUAUUUGAGAGUCAGUUGGCACAUUUAUCCAAAAGUGAAGCGAUGAAUAGUUUCUGUGUUCCUUCAAAGAGUUCUGAGAAAUGGAUUGCCUCUGGUUCAUCCACACAGGAUGAGUUGGGGACUGGAGCUUCAUGGGUGGAGAGGAAUAGCUGGAAAGCAAGGGGUGAAGCUACUUAUCAGACAAGAAAGCUAGAAUGAGUGGAUUCGUCCAGUAUUAGUAUACAUACUUGGGCCCUUGGCUCCUAAGUGGAGCAUAGACCAUCAAUGGCCUCCCAUCACCAUCGUCCUCUGAAGUCGAUGGUCUGGUUGGAGUUCAUCAAUGUUCCUAUAUCACUGUACAGGGGAUUGGCCUAGACAGCUUCAACAGAGCCCCGUUAGCCAGCAUUCAUGUGUGUUACAGAAAAUAUAGCCUGUCUGCAUUUGAGAUUCAUCGAAUGGAGGGUUAAUGUCUGUGUAGGAGCAAAGGGUUACAUCGAUCACGGAGUGUGUUUAUGUAGUAUCAUGGACUGGAGGACCCAUACUCUGGUGUACUGUUCUAUGUCUAAAGUUACUGAACUGGGGGUGCAGAAACAAUGGAAGUAUAUUUGAAAAAGGAUAAUGAAACAAAUACCAGAGCUUUGACUAAAGUCAUAGAACCUUACAUGUUAAUUGUUUCUAACUUUGCAGAUGCUAUCUGAUCUGUUGACUGUUUCCAACAUUUUUUGAUUUGUUCUUCCCGUUAGGCCAUUGGUGUUUAGCACAGCAAUGAAGAUCCUCCAUCUCUGGCAGUGUUCAGGGCUUCCUUCAUCAUGUUGGUAGCUCCUUCUCAUUUUCACUACUGUCAGUCAUGCAAGUCCCGGGUGGAAACUCAGGACUACUGUCACACUCCGACGUAGAAGGAUUCAUCACUGCUGUAUCUGUAACAAAUGAUUUUUAACCAAUCAGCAUUGUUAGCCCUGAGCUGAACCCCUGAACCUGGAGGACUAGUGGACCACUCUUAGUCUGGCCUCUACCCUUUGACCUGUUUGGCAUGGGUGACCCUACCGAGAGCCAAAGCAUAAAGCCCCAACUCCAGCCAACAUCGCUCUCCAGGUCAUUGAGGCACGCAAGCCUCCAAACCCCAUGACGAGGUUCUGGUCCUCUAGGAGGAUUUUCUGUUUUACUUCCAAAGUAAACUAGUGCACUUUCAAGUAAUUCUGUUCUCUCUGAUGCAGUGCCAAACAGGUUUGAUGUUCAGAUAAAGGCCAUUAAAAGCUGCAGGAGAAAUAGAAACAGGCCACAUUAAAUUGUUGUUUUCCUGCCUAAAGGUAUUAAAUAGGAAAACAACUCCCGUCACAUGAAAGCUGAACAAGAUCUUUAGUACUGUGCACAAUUCUGGGCAUCUCGUGAUAAAACAGUGCAAGUUGAUUCUUUUGGAUAGUCGCAGUGGAGGAAAGGAAUUUGAGAAGUUGUAACUUCUCCCCCAAGGCUUUCAAAAUCAGCCUUUCAUAACAGCUUUUCGUUUAAGUGUCAUUGGGAUGUAGAAUUUUCUGCAUUUCCAGUUGCGGUGAUGAAGAACAUUUGGAGGUGGAAUCAUACCUGACCCUGUUGCUGACACAAGAAAUUCAUUCCACUAAAAUUAGCCAGACCUGAGCGAGGGGAUUAUUUCACUUAGCCUCGGGGCUGACAAGCUUCAACUACUUUAUGCAGAGUUGGCACAAUGAAUAGCUCCCAGUCUGUUGUCCUUCAGGAAUUAUCAAAGAGACAGGUCUUAAAUAGAACGGCAGUGAUGUGUUCUGACCCCAUCACCAUCCUCCGAGGACAACUGUAGCCAAAGACAAUUUAUUAGUCUGCUCUGUAGCUCAUGACAAUCUCCCUUUUCUGUACUGUGAGCCUUAUUGUUGACAAUUGUGUGUGUGUGUGUAUGUAACUCAUUGAACCCCAGAAAAAGACCAUAAGAUAUAGGAGCAGAAUUAGGCCAUUUGGCCCAUCGAGUCUGCUCUGCCAUUUCUUCAUGCCUGAUCCAUUUCCCUUUCAGUCCCAAUCACCUGCCUUCCACACUGUAUCCCUUCAUGCCCUGACUAAUCAAGAAUCUAUCAACCUCUGCCUUAAAUAUACAUAAAGACUUUGCCUCCUCUACUGCCUUUGGCAAAGAAUUCUACAGAUUCCACUCUCUGGUUAAAGAAAUUCCUCCUCAUCUCCAUUCUAAAAGGAUGCCCCUCUAUUCUGAGCUGCAUCCUCUGGUCUUAGACUCUCCCGCCAUAGGAAACAUCCUCCACAUCCACUCUAUCAAGGCCUUUCACCAUUCGAUAGAUUUCAAUGAGGUCACCCCUCAUUCUUCUGAAUUCUAAUGACUACAGGCCCAGAGCCAUCAAAUACUCUUCAUAUGACAAGCAAUUCAAACCUGGAAUUAGUUUUGUGAACCUACUUUUUUUUUGAACCCGCUCCAGUGUCAGCACAUCCUUUAUAAGGGGCCCAAAACUGUUCACAACACUCCAAGUGAUGCCUCACCAGUGCUUUAUAAAGCCUCAACAUUACAUCCUUGCUAUGAUAUUCUAGUCCUCUUGAAACAAAUGCUAACAUCACAUUUGCCUUCCUCACCACAGGCUCAACCUGCAAAUUAACCUUUAGGGAAUCCUGCACGAGGAUGUAAAAGUUUGGCCGACGAAAGAUUAACUUUGUUCUGCCUCUGCAGAUGCUGGCUGGCCUGCUGAAUAUAUAAACGUUUACUGUUUAUAUUUCACAUACCAAUAACCAGAGUAUUUUUGUUUAGUUUAAUUUGACGCAGAAACUGAAUUCUUAGUACAAUGCGUGGUUGAGUUUGCCUGUCACAACAGCCGGAGUUUUUACCAGUUCUGUUGUUUUAGCUGGAGAAUUGCUGGCAGCUUUAUUGUGAGAGUUGUGAUUAUUUUUCAUCCAGCCAAUCAUUAAACGCCAGGGUUUUUGAAACCACAAACUGCCAGAACUUCGUAUCAGGUGCUAUCUGGUGAGAUUCAAACAGCUCUCUGAAAAUAGUAUUUUCUUCAUUAAGUUUUCUGUUUUCCUGCAGCCCUGUUACAAAUUCAGUCAACAGCUUGUCUAUUUAUAAUUCAAUUAUUUAUGACCUACUUACAAGUUUUUGCUUUGCUACGCUCCCAGAGUUUAUCUUCACAAUGAGAUGGGGUAAGGGGAAGUGGUGGAUAUGGCAGACCUUCAGAGAGUGCAGGGUCUGGCGAGGUCCGUCUUAUUUAAUCUACAGUUCAAUGUCAGGGCAAUUGGAGCUACAGUUCAGACUGGAAUGGCAAGAUACCUGCAGCUGUUUAAUGCAGUACUGAGUAAGGAAGGCUGCAACGUACGGACAGAAGAUUGUUACCAGGAUAAAUUUCGGAUAUUGAUCAUUUAUGUUUUAUGUACAUAAAUACUAUUGUAUUUGUUAAAGUUUCCUGUAAAUGCUGCAAGAAAAUGAAUCUCGAGGUAGCAUAAGAAGACAUGUACAUACUUUGAUAAUACAUUUUAUUCAAUAGUGUAGUGGUUAGCACAAUGCUUGACAUGACAGGUGACCCCGGUUCAAUUCCUGCCACGGCCUGUAAGGAGUUUGUGCCCGCGUGUGUUUCCUCUGGGUGCUCUGGUUUCCUCUCACAAUCCAAAGACGUACCGGUUGGUAAACUAGGUUAGGAGCAAAUUGGGGGAUUGCUGAGCAGUGUGGCUCGAAGGGCAGAAAGGGCCUAUUCCACACUGAAUCUCGAUGAUUAAAUAGAUAGAUCCAAGAUUCAAUAGAUACAGUAUAUUUUAAGUGGAAUUUACCAGCUGUUGGAACAUUAAAAAUCGCUUUAAGAUGUAACAACUGCGGAGAGUCAAUGGAACCAUGAUGGGAGUCAGAACAAAACAUUUUACAAUAUACAAAAAGUAGACAUUCUGCUUGGAUUUUAGAAAAUGGAAUAGAGAAAAUGUUCUGGGAUGUUACCUAGGUGAGCCUCUCCAUGGGGCUUGACAAGAUACAUGCAGAAUUGAUGUUUCCUCCGGUCAGGACAUCUAGAACACAGUCUGAAAAUAAGUGAAGAACUUUGGAAUUCAUUACCAAAGAGUGUGGUGAAGGCUCCAUCACUGAGUGUAUCCAAGGCAGGGACAGUUACACUCUCAGUGAUACUGCGUUAACACAGCACAGGAAACAUACUGUUUUAAAUAUUCAGUAGUGGAGCAGGCUUAGAAAGCCUGAAUGGCAUGCUCUUGCUUCUAUUUCUUACGUUCACAACAUCUCUGAAAAUGUGCCUUUAUGUUUAAAAGUACUAAAUUGACUAACAGUAAAAUGGUGGCUGGGCUGGUGACCUCCUGCCCAAAGUCCCCAGUCGUUUUCACCCCAGUCACCCAACUCUUUUCCUACAGCCCCGUAAUGUUCUGGUGGGGGGGGGGGGUAACAAAAAUAAUGAAAUGUUUGAGGAAGAAAUACUCAAGUGUUUAUUAGAAUUAUCCAGGAGGUCACAGGUGCUCUUAACUAUUACUUUGUGAGGAAAUCUGCCCUCAAUAACGGGCUCAGUCCAGCCGCCCGCAGUAGCAAGAGCACUCACCGAGCCAACUCAUGCUGUUGGGGAAAAGUACCGCCUAACAUUACUUUUCCUUUUAAUUAAUUAUCGUUUAAAUUCAUACCCUGAUCCUCAAUCGUUUAAACUCUAAUAAUCCACUUUAUUCACUGUUUAACAGUCUUAGAGACUUGUGUUUGCUUAACCCCACACCUGCUUCAGAGGCUCCGGGCUGGUCAUCAUCUGCCAUUGGGUGGGUUUCAGAGACCCUCGUGUGGCAGGAGAGGCCAUGUACCCCAGGUGAGUAAUAAAAGACAGGGCGGGACACUGGGACUGGCUGCAUGGGUCAGCGAAACAGUAUGUGACACUUGCACUGGGGGUGUGAGAUAGAGACCCGGGGGAAGGGCGUCGGGUCUGGGAAGUCCAGAGAGUCAAGUUGGGGCUUACACUUGCCCACGUAGUGAUCUGGCUUAAAUUUUCAGCUGUAUGUAUUUUUAAAACUUUUCACGACUGAGCACUCUGUAAUAGGAGAGAUCAUAUGCGGCGGCGCGUUCCUGUUUGAUCAUUUAAACAGACUGCGCUUUGCAAUUUUCAAGCCAAAUGGUCCGAUUUUGGUAAUGGAAUAUUACUGUGAAAAUGAGCCAGAUAUCAGGGAAGCCACUCCAGGCGCUGCUCAAUAGGGAGGGCUCCUCGGCAGGAGUGAGCACUAGAGCCAGUGUCUGGUCCGUUUGUUUUACGUGCGGUCACCGCUUCCUCGCUGCGACCUUCCAGAGAUCUGAGUGCACUGCUGGCAUUUAGGGGGAACAACCGUGGCACCCACCGACUGCGGGGAGUCGGACUGCAGGGGCUCCAGGCAGGGUCCGGCCCAAGCAGCGGGGGUCUGCCUGUGCAAUCGAGAGCCGAGCCCACCGCGGCCUCAAGCUUCAGCCCCAAGGACACAAAAGAUGGACUGAAAGUCAAAGCCGGUGACAUCACUGGCGGAGCCAUCCUCCGCCAGCAGGAGAAGCGGCGGCUGCUCCGCGGGGGAAGAGCCCGGAGCCGGAGCGGAGAAUGUGAAUGGUUUGGAGACCCGGAGCCCGCACUCAGUCAGGAUGCGGCCGCCGCUACUGCUGCUGCUUUUACUGUGCGGACUCGGCUCUGCCGGCGCUGGCGGCGGCUCCUGGAACUCCAGCGGCAGCGACGGGGAGGAGAAGGAGGGGGUGCCGGAGCCGGGAUCCCGGGAGCGAAGCGGCAAUGGCUCAGAGCCCGGAGAGGAGGCGCUGGUGCCGGGAGCCCAAGAAAGGGAGAACGGUGGCGACGCGGAGCCCGGGGAGGUGGGUAGCGAACUGGAGGAAACCACCUGCGCCUACAAGGUGCUGCUGAACGGGAGGGGAGCCGAGCGGGUGUGCUUCAGGAGCACGGACAGUGGCUUCAGCUGCGGCCCGGGCAGCUGCCGACUCUACCGGUCGGGCCGCUCGCUGGUGGCCAACGUGCUGGCGAACAGCAGCGUCUUCCUGCAGUGGCGGCCGCCCCGCCUGCGGCAGCUGCGGGGCUUCAGGCUGAACUGCAGCUGGAGCGGCCUCUACACUCGCUUCCAGUGCGACAGCGUGCAGCUCGGCGUCGCCUGCCGAGACUACCUGCUCAGCAACGUACACGACAGCGUGGACUACCGCAUCUGCCUGCACACCCUCUACAACAACGCCAGCCAGCGCGACGAGGACUGCCUACAGUUCAGGGCCGAGCCUGCCGGCAUGCAGGACAUUGUCAUCGCCAUGACGGCGGUCGGCGGCUCCAUCUGCGUGAUGCUGGUGAUCAUCUGCCUCCUAGUGGCCUACAUCACCGAGAACAUCAUGCACCCCGCCUUGCCCAGGUCCUCGUCCAAGCGGGGCCACGGCGACCACAGGAUGACCACAUAGAACCGGGAGAGGGGAGCAGAAGGGGACCCAGAGCCUCUGCAGACGCCGGAGGCUGCGGGUGUCGGAACCUGGAGCAACAGGCAAGAUGCUGGAGGCAUCAUUUUGUGGAGGGAAACGGGACAGCCGGGACCUUCAUUCGGACUGGUGAACCCGAACUGUCCAUUGAGAGUCUUUUGGCAGCUCCCCGCGCCUCUCACGACGUGACUCCCUUACCCCGGUGCUGGAUUCGGGGAGAGGGAGAAAUGAGGCUGGACGACUAUUCCCGUUUGUGUUGCAGAUGCUGCUUCAGACUGACUCGGGAGACGGAGGGGCUCCGCUGGAGCAGGGGAUCCCUGGCUGGGAGGGACGCUUCAGCAAGCCGCCUCACCUCUAUCAUUUCACCCUAAACUCCCCUCUAUCAGACGGUCACUUUGCUGCGAAAUGGACCCGUCCCAGGACUUAAGCACAAAACAAUAAUGUUAGAAACCGUUGAUCUCUCCGGAUCAAAACGCGUGCCCGGUUUAAUUUUUUAAAGGUUUAUUUUGAAUAUUUAAGAGCGGAAUCGUCUGUGUGUUUAUCGGUUGUAGGAAAUUAAAACACAAACGUUGAGUGUUA